AUGACCUUGAACUCGAAGAAUGUGGUUGAAAGGCUGAAAAUAGCUCCCGAAAUUCUGAAAAUCGUUUGCUUACGUCAAAUUAUACUGUGCGAGCUGCAGCUCACAGAGAACUGUUCGGGAAGUUUAGCUGCGCGUUCUCUAAUGGCUCCCAUUACGCCCCAGAUGAACCGUGUUGAUGUUCGUGGGCACUUUGAGUUUGUCCCAUGCGUGUCUGCGUAUUGCAAUGCAGAUUUUGCAGGCAUCUCUGUCGACAAAGCUAGAGAAGCCGCUUGGCAGCUUGAGACAUCGAUGAUGAUGGAAGGGACAAACGCCGUUGAGACGAUGGACAACAAGAAGCAAAAGUGUUCACUGAUCCAUCAACUCUUUGUGAAAGAAUCUAGCGAUUGGGUGAGAAAUGUGAUUGAGGAUUGUCAAGCGAAAUGA